AAAUAUCGCCUCGCGUUGCAAAUUGCAAUUUGCUGCGCAUCUCUCCUCCUAUCCUUCCGUUUCUUUCUCAUGGCUCCUCUCACUGCUCCCACCAGGGCUUCCUUCCCUCCACCGUCGGUCACGCAGCGCAGCCUGAAGAAAGUCCUGAAGAAGCAAUUCGCGGUAGUCUCGAGAUCGGUUGAAGAUUUGAAGUUUCAAAGACGAGUUGUCUUUGCUCCUGAGUGGGAUCAUUAUUCGUCCCCUCUCCUCUAGCACAGCUUAUGCAAAUCUGACGCUGGGAAGCAUUGACUAUGGCGGCGGGUUCCAUGAAGAGUGUCCUUACGCAGCAGAUUCCACGUCUCGAGAGCACGUUCGAGUCGCAUGACAACUUCAUGACCUCGGGCUUUCGGUUUGAUAGCCUACGGAGAAUCUGUUCGGGAGGAAAGUACGUUUCUGUCGAACGUCCGUCACUGUGUUCGUCAAUUUCCGUCAGCCGUCGGAAAUCGUUUCGAUUCGGACCCGCUCGAGCCUCUUCGUCCAACUCCCCGCAAUCUCCGUCGCCGUCUGCUUCAGCGCCGAAGGAAAAUCAUCAGCAGCAGCAGCCGCUGCAACCGCUGCAACCGCUGCAGCAACAGAAGUCAGAUGUGACUCAAAGCAUAGGUUCUUCUAGGGAGGGUGAUGCCACUCAAGCACGACCAGGUUCAGAGGACGCCACCCACUUCAGCUGGCCCACUCUCCUGGCCUGUCUGUUUGUGGCGGGAUUCGCCCUGGGACCGCCUCUGGACGGCAUUCACUCCGUGGUGGGCCUGCAGGUGUAUGACGUGAAUGGAGGGCUCAUGAUAGGGGGCCCGGACGGGCUAUACACCAGCGUCUGGGUCUUCCCUCUGCUGGGCGCCAUGUAUGCUGUCGUCGGUGGGCUGCAGCUGCUCAUUGACCAAUUAGCACUCGGAUCGGGGCCUCAACACUCGGCUCUGGGAGCGCCGUCCUCUGCCUCGCCUGAGGACCGAUCGGCACCCGCUUCGUGGUUCUCCCUUGCCUCCUCCCCUCCCAAGGGUUCCUGGCUGCGUCUGCUCAGCUGCAUGGGUGUGCUCAUCAGUCUCCUCCACUUCAGCUCGCUGCUCUUCGAGGCGGAAUCCAUCCCCUCUACAGUCAUCUUCGCCAUCCUGGCAGUGUGCGCCCAUGCCAACUGGCUUGCCUUUGACCGCACCCUCCCCGGGUACCUCCUUGCCUGGUUUGUGGCUCUGGGCGCUCCUGCAUCAGAAGUGCUUAUAAUGAAGUACUUUGGUAUCUGGCACUACACUCAACCGGACAUCUUCAUUGCCGGAGAGGGCCUUGUCUCUUGGACUGCCUGGUGUUACUUCUUCUACACCCAAUGGGUUGCCACUGUAGCUCGCACAUUUGCUGCCUCUCUUACUCCCAAUAGCCCAGCUCUGGACGAGCUCAGAUGGUAGUUUUACAAUAGGCAGUACAGUGUUUUUCAAUCUGAAACCAUUUAUAUAAAUACAGUACGGAAGUAUAAUGGUAAAUAUACAGGAGGAGCAUCCCCAGGAUUCUCAUGAAUGGGGAUGAGGAUGUCAUUGCCACUUUCUUUCAA